UCCAUCCCUGAUUCCCUCCUUCCGGCCUCGGACCGUUUCGCUUCCCGCCCUCUCUUCUCCCUUCUCCCCUUCCGAGAAAACCCACUAAAAAAGCUUUCACAUUUCACCAUCCUCAUCAGCGGAGAGGGAGGCAGCGGCGGCAAUGGGGAUCCAGGGUUUGCUGCCGCAGCUGAAGUCGAUUAUGGCGCCCAUCGGGCUGGAGGAGCUGCGGGGUCAGACGGUGGCCGUCGACACCUACUCCUGGCUCCACAAGGGCGCCCUCUCCUGCGGCGACCGCCUCUGCAAGGGCAUCCCCACCUCCAGGCAUAUCGAAUACUGCAUGCAUAGGGUUAACAUGUUGCGGCAUUAUGCCGUGAAACCAAUUCUUAUAUUUGAUGGAGGUCUUCUGCCAAUAAAGAGCGAUCAAGAGACAAAACGUGCAAGGUCAAGAAAGGAAAAUCUUGAGCGUGCCAGGGAACACGAAGCAGCUGGGAAUUCACGUGCUGCUUUUAAGUGCUAUCAGAAAGCUGUUGACAUUACACCUAGAAUUGCUUCUGAACUGAUCCAGGUACUGAAGAAAGAAAAGGUUGAUUAUAUUGUUGCACCUUAUGAAGCAGAUGCACAAAUGACAUUCUUGUCUGUUAACAAACUUGUCGAUGCUGUAAUCACCGAGGAUUCAGAUUUGAUACCAUUUGGCUGUUCUAGAAUUAUUUUCAAAAUGGACAAAUUUGGACAUGGUGUUGAAUUCCAUAUUACACGAUUAGAGAUAAAUAGAGAGCUUGACUUUAAUGGAUUCACGAGACAAAUGCUACUCGAGAUGUGUAUUUUAAGUGGCUGUGACUAUCUCCCCUCAUUGCCGGGAAUGGGUGUGAAACGAGCUCAUGCACUCAUCCAAAAGCUUAAGUCUCAUGAGAAGAUAAUCAAGCACCUGAGGUAUAGUGCUGUUUCUGUUUCACCUCAAUAUGAAGAGAACUUCAAAAAGGCAAUCCGGGCCUUUAAGUUCCAAAGGGUAUAUGAUCCUGCUACAGAAAAUAUUGCCCAUUUGUCAAGCGUUCCUCAUGACCUCAGUGAAGACUUGGACUUUUUGGGCCCAUGGUUACCACAGAAUGUUGCCAAAGGCAUUGCACUAGGGAACAUUGAUCCACUUACAAAGGAACCAUUUGAGCCUGAACCAGAGUGCAGUGCACCUGCUGUUGAUAAAGUUUAUCCAACGAGAGAGUCUAUUGUUCCUUCAAAUGGGAGAAAGAGGCUAGAUUUGCCUGUGCAGAAAAAUAUAUUGACAAACUACUUCUGUUUAGCAUCGCUUGAGGCAAAGCGGAAAUUCAGGGCACCUAAAAUUACACCUAAGCAACAAAUACUGAAUGAGUCUUCUUUGCCCAGUCCUCAAACUGAAUACUUUGGUGCCCCUGAUUCAAUCGAAGAUACUAGCUUGCCAACAAAUCAUAUUCAAGUUUCUCAAUGUAGUUCUGAGCUUUUGGCCUCCGAACCUACUCAAGAUGAUCCAGUCAGUGCUGCCUCUCAAUGUAGUUCUGAGCAUUUCAGCUGUGAGUUCCCCCGUGAUGAUUCAGCCAAUAUUUCACCCCAAUGUAGUUCACUUGAUGGUGGUAGUUAUCCUCCUUCCGAGGACACAGGUAUUCAAGAAAGAAAGGUUGAGGCCGACUACUGCACUGGAAGUACAAUACCAACUGGUUCUUGCUCAGUGGGAAAGUUGCCUGGCAUAUCAGAGCCUUCUUUACUUCCACACAACAGGGAACCAUAUAUACCAGUUCAACAUUAUACCGAAAGCAAUGUGGCAUCUACUGAUAAAGACAUCACUGUAAGGAAUUCAUACUUCAAAACAGUAAAUAAGGGGGCUCACACAAAUCAAGAAGACAAGUUAGACGAUAAAGAGGAUUCUGAAACUGGUAAUCACACUCUUUCUGGAGAUCAACUGUGGAACUCUGGCAUGUUGAAGAGAAGAAAACUUUCUGGUCUCCAAAGUUUUGAGGAUCAGGAAAUGUUGCAGCCGAUUAGUUCUGACGAGAGUCCACCAGUUGUUGAUGAAGGUUGUGGUACUGAUCGCCUUGAUGAUACGAACAUAAAAACUGAAGGCAGAUUUGGAUGCAAUGUUUCCCAUGUCAAUAGGUACAGUGGCAUAGCAGAAAAAUCAAUGGAUAAGUUCGCUGCAUUGAUAUCAUCUUUCAGAUACCCAGGCUCCCGAGCCAGUGGCCUUCGCGCUCCUUUAAAGGAUGUGAAGAACACACUUUCUGUGAGCUCUGUUCUCAGACCUCCAGAACGAAGUAAAUUCAGAUGUUCAGCUAAGAAAACAGAUCUAGGGCCUCAUUCAAAAAGCAGACAUACAAGUGAUGAUAAGAAAAAUGCCGGCGGCCCUCCUGAUAUCAGCACAUUUGCAUACAGGCCUGUGAAUUUUUUUCCUUCUGAUCAAGGCAAAAUCACAACUACAGAUGAUGUUGAUGGCCUCCCUGAUCUGGGCACGUUUGCAUACACACCCAUGGCAUCUACUGUCUGCCGUCCUGAUCGGAGCAAAUUCACAGGUACAACUAUGAGAAUUGUGGACAGCCCUCCUGAUCUAAGCACAUUCGCGUAUAAUCCAACAAGAACUGUGGUCAGGCGUGCCGAAGGGAGCAGGUUUGCAGGAACAACACUAAAGGCAGCUGGAGGGACUUCUCGGAACCAAUUCAAAUGAAACCACUGCUGCACAUGUUGCCUCCUGAUCUGACCUGAAUAAACCAUGCUGCGGUGAAACACUGACCGAAGCAUUUUCAAUUUUGAACGGAUGGAAGCCAUUCGGAGAUUGGAAGGCUGUUAGUAGCUGCGGAGGCCCCUUAUUUCAGAGCCCAUAUGAAGCUGUUCAUCCAUGCUGUGAAAGCACGUCACUAGCAGCAGCUCUUCAUUUCAGAGCUCAUUUUGUGUGCUGCGUGUGUGAAAACCAAGUGUACAUGCCCAUUUGUCUGACUUGCCGCCUGGAUGGCUUAGUAGCAGUCCCAUUUGUGCGUCUGAAAAAAGCAUCAUCAUCUGUGACUGUAUUUAAACUGCAGCCAGGAUACCGUUGUACACCUGUAUCUGUAUUUUCAAUUCUUAUGGGCAUGAUUCAGACACUAUCUUUGUUAAGUUCAAAAAAGAA